AUGGUUCCAGCCAUGAAAGGAAGGAAAACUACAGUUCCCGACAAGGAAGUUUGUCUCCAGAGGACAGGGAUAUGGAGCAUGAUGGGUCUCCGUCUCCCAGAAAGAGAAGACACUCUGAUGACAGCAGAUAUGAUCAGGAAUAUUCAAGAAGGGAAUACUAUGAUGACAGAAAUUCAGAUGGAAGAAGAAUGGAAAGGGGGAGAGAUAGACACUAUGACAGAUGGGAGGAGAGAGAAUAUGAUCGGAGGAAGCAGAGGAGAUAUUCAUCACCCGAUCGUAGGAGUCCAGAGAGGUCGACAGUUCAGAGCUCACUUGCUCAGGAUGAUGCCACUUCAAAGAAGAAAAAAGAAGAAGUGGAUCCAAUCCUUACUCGCACAGGUGGUGCAUAUAUUCCACCUGCCAAGCUCAGGAUGAUGCAAGAGCAAAUCACUGAUAAAAAUAGCUUGGCAUAUCAGAGGAUGAGUUGGGAAGCCUUGAAGAAGUCAAUCAAUGGUCUUGUCAAUAAAGUGAACGUUUCUAAUAUAGAAAACAUCAUUCAUGAGCUGCUUCAGGAAAAUAUUGUUAGGGGAAGGGGAUUGCUGUCUAGAUCCAUUUUGCAAGCUCAGAGUGCCUCUCCGAUAUUUACUCAUGUUUACGCAGCUCUUGUGGCAAUUAUCAAUUCAAAGUUUCCAAAUAUUGGUGAAUUGAUUCUGAAGAGGUUGAUACUGAAUUUUCGCAAAGGAUAUCGCAGAAAUGACAAGCAACUCUGUCUAACAUCUUCAAAGUUUGUCGCACAUUUGAUGAAUCAGAAUGUGGCUCAUGAGGUUUUAUGUUUGGAAAUGCUCACCUUGCUUCUUGAAAGGCCUACUGAUGACAGUAUUGAAGUAGCAAUUGGAUUUAUUAAAGAGAGUGGGCUCAAAUUAACAGAAGUUUCUCCUAGAGGUAUCAAUGCAAUCUUUGACCGUCUUCGACACAUUCUGCAUGAAUCUAAAAUUGAUAUGCGUGUUCAGUAUAUGAUAGAAGUCAUGUUUGCUGUACGGAAGGAUGGCUUCAAGGAUCAUCCAAUUAUUCCAGAGGGAUUAGAUCUAGUUGAAGAGGAGGAUCAGUUUACUCAUAUGUUGCCAUUAGAAGAUGACUACAACCCAGAGGAUGUUCUUAAUGUUUUCAAGAUGGAUCCAAACUUUAUGGAAAAUGAGGAGAAAUACAAGACACUGAAGAAAGAAAUUCUUGAUGAAGGUGACAGUGAAUCUGAAGGAGAUCAAGAAGCUGGAAGUAGUGAGGAAGAUGAAGAUGAAGAUGAAGAGGAGGGUGAAGAUGGCCAGAAAGUUACUGUUCACGACAAAACAGAAAUUAACCUGGUCUCCUUCCGUCGUACAAUUUAUCUUGCUAUUCAGUCAAGCUUAGACUUUGAAGAAUGUGCUCACAAACUACUGAAGAUGGACUUCCCUGAAAGUCAGACUAAAGAACUCUGCAAUAUGAUACUUGACUGCUGUGCUCAGCAAAGAACAUAUGAGAAAUUCUUUGGGUUACUGGCUGGGCGUUUCUGCAUGUUAAAAAAAGAAUACAUGGAAUCCUUUGAAGCUAUUUUCAAAGAACAAUAUGAUACCAUUCAUCGUUUGGAAACGAACAAACUGAGAAAUGUUGCCAAGAUGUUUGCUCAUCUACUAUACACUGAUUCAAUUCCCUGGAGUGUCCUUGAAUGUAUAAUACUGAGUGAAGAAACUACCACAUCCUCCAGUAGAAUUUUUGUCAAAAUAUUCUUUCAGGAACUCAGUGAAUAUAUGGGACUUCCUAAUUUAAAUGCAAGAUUAAAAGAUGAGACACUGCAGCCGUUCUUUGAGGGAUUAUUGCCUCGGGAUAACCCAAGAAACACUCGCUUUGCCAUCAAUUUCUUCACUUCUAUUGGCCUUGGAGGACUAACGGAUGAAUUACGGGAGCAUCUUAAAAAUGCACCGAAGUUAAUUAUGACACAGAAGCAAAAUGUUGAGUCAUCGGAUUCCUCUUCAUCUUCAGAGACAGACUCUUCCUCAGAUUCUGAUUCUGACAGCAGCAGUACUAGCUCAGAGUCAUCCAGCAGCAGUGACUCUUCAUCUAGCAGUGACAGCAGCAGUGACUCAGAUGUUUCUAAAACUAGAAGAAGGAGAAUGCAGAAGAAAAAUAGAGAAUCCAAUAAAGUUUCCAGGAAAAAGCAAGAAAGGAAAAGGAAAUCCGUUGAAAAGAAAAUGGGAAGGAGGCAUCAAGAGGAAAGAAGUGAUACUGAGAGCAAAUCAGAAAGAAAUCACCGACAUUUAAGAGAAUCACACAGAGAUGAUGUGUCAAAAUAUCAUCACAGAGAUGAGUCCAAUGGCAGAGAUGGUUACCAUAGUGGAAAAGAUAGGAACCAUGACAGAACUAAGGAUCUGGAAAAUAAACACAGUAAUUCAAAAGUUAAGAAAGCAGACAGAAGAGCUUCUUUGUCUGAUGAUGAAAAUUACAGACACUGGAGCAAAGAUAAUGGACAUCGCAGUAGAAAAAGAGAAAGAUCGAAAUCCAGAGAGAGAGACCGUGAGGAUUCGAGUCCAAGAGAGGAGGAACAAGAGGACCGGUACAGAAAUGGUUCGGAGAAACACCGGGAGAAGUACAGCCGCUAUUCUGACCAGGAGUCCAGGAGGAACGAGGAGAGGGAGUCCAGGAGGAACGAGGAGAGGGAAUCUAGAAGGAACGAGGACAGACAAAGGGAGAAUUCCCCAGACAGGCGAAAAUGAAGACCAACCACAGUUUGACAUAAAUGUACGUUUCUGAGCUGUUAAGACUGCAUUUUAAAAUCUUACUGAACUUUCUUUAAAAAAAGAUUUUGUACAAAGUGAUAGUUUGCAUUUGUAAAUUUUACCAGACUUUUUCAAAUUUUCUGUACCACUUUUUUAUAAUUGUAUCAUUAAGUCUUUCUGUUAAGUUCUUCUUGGGAAAGACAAAGCUCUUUAUUUUGUGAAUAAAACCAUUAAGAUAUCAGCAAAA